GGGGCUCAUGUGUUAUCGUUGAGUAUUGAGCGAUCACGAUAGAGAAAACGCCAAGUUGUCGUACGAUCGAUCAACAUCCUGCACUUCCCUUUUAACUCUUGAGUUCUUCAUAAAUCUCCAGUAGAUUCCAACAGAUAUUUUUCCAGAAAAAGAAAAAAAAAGUGAACUAUUUAGUUAAGAAAAGAGAAGAGAAGAAAGUGAGUGGUUAAUCCAUGGAUAACUUCGGCAAACCAAAUUUUUAUAGCACUUGUGCCGGUAAGAAUACUGGAGAAUACAUCCUUCAACGCCCUCACAAGCGCAGCUUUAACUCAUAUGAGGGAAAUAUGGAAAUUGUACAACAAAUGUAUGAGAUUGAUGCUCCAAAAUUGAGUGGACAACAUUAUCUCCAAUCAGCAGCAAGUAGUGUACACGAGGAAUGGUCAUUGCCAUCAGCUUCAAUUGUGGGUAAUGCAGAUCUACAAAAAGCUGAAAAGAAGAGAAAAACAGAUAAAGCUUAUAGAGAAAGAUGCAAGAUGAAAAAGGAGCAAAUGAUGCAAAAAUUGGAGACUGUUGGUAAAGAAAAUGAAGAUUUAAAGACAGAAAACCAAUGUUUGAAGGAGAGGAAUGUUUUUCUAAAUCAAAGCUUGUUAUCUCAAACGAACGAGUUAAAUGAGAUCAAACAUCAACUUGACGACUUGAGAAAUAAGAAUGAGACGCAAAAUACACUUGUCCAAACACUUUCCCAUCAUCUUGUCAGUCCAGAUCUUUGCCUCCAAAAUAAAAAGCUUAGAGAUGAAAAUGCCCGAUUAAGAGAAAUUUUGAAGUUGGGUGAUGGGGCACUACUUGUGGAGGAGAAUGGGAAAUUAAAACUUGAGAAUCAGUUACUCCAAGUGAAAAUAGAUGCUUUAUUGGGACAAAUAGUUGAUGAAAAUCGCAAAAGUUGUGGGCAUAAAUGACUGGGACAAGGGGCAUUCAUAGAUGUUGCGAAACGAACCAAGUAGUUUCUUUCAUAAAAUAAAACUAUCUUAGUUCCCAUCGAUGCCUUGUUCCAAAAGCCUCUCGCUCGAUCCAGCCUUAUGAAAAUGCUUACACCCAAUCGCUUAAAUCAAGGGAGGACACCCACUUACAUCGCACAUGUGACAUUCGUGCUUGUAAGAGGUUUCAAGCAUCAUCUCUAUGAUGAUCUUGAGCUCCAUUCAUCACGGUCCAAGACUCAUGGUAUCUUGUUAAGCUUGGGGUAAUCCAACACCAAGUUCACGCUCGUUGAGGUGUCUCAUGUGUUGGAACCCAAUGGCACUGCUUGAAUGUUGGUCACAUACCAACUAAAGGUUGCUUUUAGCUUGUCACAUUGCUCAUCAAGGUGACUCUAAGACCAAGCUCAAUUGCUCCACUAAAGGCUCAUCCCAAGCAUGAUGGACACUCAACAUCAUGCAAGGCCCGCCAAGCACAUCGUCCCAACUUCAAAGCAUUAGGCUCAAUCUCUAAUUCCCACACUACUAGUAGUUGUUUUGUCUACUAGUUAUCUCAAUGUCCUAUUGCAUCUCGAUGCUCCUCCUACAAAGGAUCGCUGUAUGAUCCCAAAGGUAACCCGAUAGCCUUUCGGUGGAGGGUCCCACGAGGAUUAAUUAAAAUCUAAGGUCUAACCCCAACUUUUUAAACAUUGAGCGUUAAGGGGCCCAAGUUUCCUCUUGAGGAGACAUCGAGCAUCCACUUACCGAUGACUGCACACCGUCACAUCUUGCUUGCCAUGGUGUAGCUCGCUAAAGAGCUACACCUUUCACCCCCUAAAGAGCUAAAUAGCUUGUACAUAUAUGCUCCCAAGGAAUAUUGAAAUAUUUGAAACAAGGACAAUUUUCUUACUUUGCACUCAAAACCCAUCUCAUAGGCAUUCUCCAAGCACUGUUGUCCCAUAAAUGGGCUCCUUGUCAUCUCAACUCAUAUCAUGGGUUCACCAUCCCCAUUGGCCUCGUCUGCUCAUGGCACCCCCGCUAUACUGUUUGCUCGGUGGUUCUUGUAAGAUGCUGCCGCUCAAGGUCCACCAUCGGGGUCUCUCAUCCGAAGGUUUCAGCCUCGUCCUGUCUACCAAGUGGGAUGUUAAUGCAGCAUUGUAGCCAAAAUGAUAGACCAUGACACUUUUCCAUGUUUUAUGCUUUAGAAAACCUUCAUUUUAUGUUUAACAUGGUGAAAUUGUGUGAUGCUAAGUAUACUUAU